UACACCCAACCCCAUCCCUCUUUCUCGACAACCAAUAUUCUCCAAAACUUCUAGUUUCUCGUAUUAUCAAAAUGGUGAUGGGUAUCUACGUUAAAACCAUGACCGGAAAGGUGAUCAAUCUCGAAGUCGAAAGCUCAGACACUGUGGAAAACGUCAAGGCCAAGAUCCAAGACAAGGAAGGCGUUCCGGCCGACCAACAAAAACUUAUCUUCGCCGGAAAGCAGCUUGAAGAAGGCAGAACACUAGGUGAUUACAAUAUCCAGAAGGAUGCUACCAUCUUUUUGGUUCUACGUCUCCGUGGUGGGAUGCAAAUAUUUGUGAAGACCCUGACCGGAAAGACUAUCACGUUGGAGGUGGAGAGUUCGGAUACUAUCGAUAACGUCAAGGCCAAGAUUCAGGAUAAAGAGGGCAUCCCGCCAGACCAGCAGCGGUUGAUCUUUGCCGGAAAACAGUUAGAUGAUGGUCGUACUUUGGCGGAUUAUAACAUCCAGAAGGAGUCUACGCUUCAUCUUGUGCUCAGGCUAAGGGGAGGGAUGCAGAUAUUCGUCAAGACCUUGACGGGGAAGACGAUCACUCUAGAGGUCGAGAGUUCGGAUACUGUUGAUAAUGUCAAGGCAAAAAUUCAGGACAAAGAGGGGAUCCCGCCCGACCAGCAGCGGUUAAUCUUUGCGGGUAAACAAUUGGAUGAUGGUCGGACUCUUGCUGAUUAUAACAUUCAGAAAGAGUCUACCCUUCACCUUGUUCUUCGUCUCCGCGGUGGGGUUUGAUGAUAUUGUGGUUGGUGGUUAUGUGGUGGAUUGUGGUUUCGUUUAAUGGUUUUUAUUUUCUCAUGAAUUGAACAGUCUUUUGUUAAUUUGGAAUGGAACUUGGUUUUGUGGUUAA